AUGCCAUCUGAUCACGAAACUGUUGUGUCUAGAAGUGUGGUUACUGGAGAUUCUUUCGAAAUGGCGUCUGCUUUAUUAAUCGAAUCUAUGCCAAGGAAUACGUAUGUCAUUAUAACACUGUGCAUGUACGUCAAAAUUUGUGAUGUUUCAGACACACUUAUUUUACGUUUGCUUUCGUAUAUAUUUUCGGGCAAUCCGAAUUCUUCUAUAAUGAAUAUGAGAGCCAGGACUAAUAACACAAAUAGGAUUGCUCCUCGUCUAUGGAACUGUGGUAUGGCUGCUUGCUUGAUCAUGGUUAAUAUUGUUCGUUCAAUUCGUGCUGGAAACGGUAUCCCCCCAAGAUUUCGACGUGGAGAGGCUCCAGGACCAACGAAGAAGAGCAAGGACCCAAAAUGA